CCUGCUCUCCUUCUUUGUUGGUUUACUACUAUGUGGGAUCUUUGUAUUUUGCUGUUGUUUGCCCUUUGUCCGGCGUUCAUACUUGCUCCAGAUCCAACACGAUGGUUUGAUCGUGUCAAGCUCUCGAUCAACUAUAUUUGUACUCGAGGCCAUCUCAUUUACCGGAACUUCGUGUGUGUGUGCCUGCCAAAUAACGUCCUCAAUUUGUCUUGUCAACGCGGCGCAAAGCCCCAGCAGCGCACCGAGUUUCUGGAAAACGCGGGAUGUGCCUCAUUGAUAUACAUUUACUGACAUCUACAACUCACCAUGGAGAUCCGAACAAGAAAGGUUAUUCGCAGAUACGUGUCUAGCGACAGCGCGAGAACAUGCACGCGUCCACGAGUUUAUGACCACGGCGAAUACUACUACAGACGGUAUGAUCAACGUCAGCGGUCCGAGGAGAGCCACUCACCAAGUUAUCGCAUUAUCGAGACGCGAGAGCCUCUGAAGCCCAGGAGAGGUCUCAACGCACUCUGGAGGCGAGACCCGUCGCCAAUACGGAGUCAACCAUUUAAGAUGCGCUUGCCGUUCAUCAAACGGGUCGAGCCGGCGAAAGACGACUAUGCGCCCAUAACGAGAGGUCGCACGAGAUCUCCACGUCUGUUCGUGGUCGAUCCCCCAGAGACACGAUACGCUUGGCCGAGAGGGGAGAGAGCAAGGUCUUUCUCCCCGGAGAUCCGAUGCAUCUCACCAAGAAGGACGCUCUCUCCUCGACCCAUUCUGAAAGAUUCAACUGUAGAGGUCGAGGAGCCUCAACGAGAGCCGCGGUCUCGAGAAAGGCUCAAUGUGCCCAGACAGCCACGCGAGCGGACACCAGUCGUUGAGCGUGAACCAGUGAGGCGACGACGCCAGGGCGAUAUUGAGAUUCAUCAGUCUCCGGAGCGAAGAAGAGAGCGCAGCGGAAGUUCAGGAAGACGACAAGUCCGGUUCGCGGACGACAUCGAGUAUGUGAAACAAAGGAGUCGAAGCCAAAGCCGAAGCCAGAGCCGUGAGCGGCCUGCGCAUCGUGAAUCAGAGAGGGAGGAUGACGAUAUCUAUGACCGAAUCCGACGUCGAUACUUGGAUCGCAGAGACUCUGAAAUCAUCUACAACAGACCACGGUAUCGGGAUCCUUCGCCAGGCCCAGUAUACCGAAAGUCUAGUCCACCACGACUUUGGAGUGAAACUUUUCGGAGAGAAACAUUGCGUCCACUAGGAAGAACUCGGCCCAGGCCUCGGAUUAUCCAAGACGGUGAAAGCGAUCUUUCGGAAGCUGGGGACCGUAUCUACGCCGAGGCACGGCGAAGAAGAAGCCAGGUUCAUGAUUUGAUAUCAAAUUCUAGCUCGCGAUGGAGACAGCGAUUUGACAAUAUGCGAGAUUUCAGCUCUGAGGAUGAGAGCUACCUCCGAGGCUCGGGUUCUCGGCGGUAUAGUUGGCGCUGGCGUUAA